GCAUGCUGAGUCCAGACGUCGCCUGUGUGAAUUGGCGUAGUAGUAUUGCGUCGGUUUGCAAAUAACGAAAACAAAGCGCUAAAAGCGACUACUAUUAUUAUUGCUGAGAGAUCCGUCGCCUGUUCUAUUGUUAAUGUCCAUUUUUGUUUGUUUUACCAUUUAUUUGGGGCAGCUCAAGCGCAGAAUGCAUAUGUUAUGGUUAGUGAUCGCUGCGGCGUUGCUUGUGCUGGCUGAAACCCGCAAGUUGCAUGGGGCACCUGAGGAGGUUGCCGUUGAGAAUGCUCUCAUCAAUGAAGUGGCUCAUUACGCUGUAGAGAAUCAUCCUGGAGAUACUCUGGAGGAUGGCUAUUUUGACGCUUUGGAAAGUAUCAUCUCUGCUGAAAAUCAGCUUGUCGCUGGAACGCUUUACACACUUAAACUUCGGGUUGGUCCUUCCGGCUGUCCUCUGAAGGGCGUGUUCGACCGGCAGCGCUGUAAGGUGAAGGCGUCGGCGGCCAGCCGUCAAUGUACCGCAAAAGUUCAUGUUCAAGUGUGGAUGAAGCCACAGAACGCGGUCACCCAUUGGCAAUGUGAAUAAACACAUACUGUGUAAGAGAACUUGGCCAUACUUACGCCUGCCAUCGUAUCAUGGAGCGUAGCAAAUGCUACAAAGCAUCUAAUUAUUGGCUUAUGUUAUGUUAAUAUAUGUUAAAAUGGCGAAACCGAAUACAUUCGAUUGCAUUUAAAUGAAAAACCGCAGUGACGAUGACAAGUUUGUCUACGAGUAAAAAGCUAUUCCUACUUUACUGCAAAAAUAAUAAUCAUUCAGUUCAUAAGUACUGCAUCCUACAUCACAAACCGUGUACUUAGAAUUGGUAUAUUUAAAUUGUAUACUGUAUUUUCAGUCAAAAAUUAAAUCUGGCUUAUAGUAUUGUAGUA